AGAUGCGUUGUUCAUAGUUUGACUUGCUAUCGUAGGCAUCGUCACAACUCGCAAGAAAGCAGCUUCUGUAUCUCCGAAUCGCUAGCUUAUGAAUUCUGCUAAAGUUGAAGCUGAGCAGCGCAAACCAACCAACCCUCUCCUCCCACCAUGGCCUCUUCUCAAUUGAACUGUCCGCCGUUUGACUUCUCCGCCAAGUAUUACGGCAUCGGAGGAAGUUGCCCGAGGCAGAGCAGCUUCUUUGGAGGCAAAGCAGUGCUGAAUCAAGGUGUUGGGUACUCUGUUAUUCUUGGCUUUGGAGCCUUCUUUGCUGUCUUUACCUCUUUCCUGGUGUGGCUGGAGAAGCGAUAUGUUGGGUCGCGCCACACAUCAGAGUGGUUUAACACAGCAGGGCGAAAUGUUAAAACAGGACUGAUAGCUAGUGUGAUUGUAUCUCAGUGGACUUGGGCAGCUACAAUAUUGCAAAGUUCCAAUGUUGCCUGGGAGUAUGGAGUUAGCGGUCCUUUCUGGUACGCUAGUGGUGCCACAAUCCAGGUACUCUUGUUUGGUGUAAUGGCUAUAGAGAUCAAAAGAAAGGCUCCUCAUGCUCAUACUGUUUGUGAAAUUGUUAAAGCUAGAUGGGGUACUGCUGCUCAUCUUGUCUUUCUUUCUUUCUGCUUCUUGACGAAUAUUAUUGUAACGGCCAUGCUGCUUCUUGGUGGUUCUGCUGUGGUGAAUGCACUCACCGGAGUCAACAUUUAUGCUGCAAGUUUUCUGAUACCUCUUGGGGUGAUAGUUUACACGCUAGCCGGAGGGUUAAAAGCCACCUUCUUGGCAAGCUAUAUACAUUCUGUAAUAGUGCAUGUGGUUCUAGUCAUCUUUGUGUACCUAGUCUACACAGCAAGCAAUGAACUUGGUAGCCCAAGCGUCGUAUACCACCGUCUGUUGGAGGUUGCAAGCAAAUCAAGAAUGUGUCAAGAGCCACUCUCACACGAUGGGCAAUCUUGUGGUCCAGUUAGUGGGAAUUACAAAGGGUCUUACCUAACAAUGUUGAGCUCAGGAGGGCUUGUUUUUGGGAUAAUCAACAUUGUUGGCAAUUUUGGUACUGUUUUUGUUGACAAUGGAUAUUGGGUGAGUGCCAUUGCUGCAAGACCUUCAUCCACUCAUAAGGGCUACUUGUUAGGUGGGUUGGUCUGGUUUGCUGUGCCAUUUUCCUUGGCAACAUCACUUGGUCUCGGAGCACUAGCCCUUGAUCUACCGAUAACUGCAGAUGAGGCAAGCCGUGGACUUGUUCCUCCUGCUACAGCUAUUGCUUUAAUGGGAAAAGGAGGUUCUAUUCUUCUACUUACCAUGCUUUUUAUGGCUGUAACGUCUGCGGGUUCCUCUGAGCUCAUUGCAGUCUCCUCAUUAUGCACAUAUGAUAUCUACCGCACUUAUAUCAAUCCAGAUGCAAACGGAAAGCAAAUCCUAAGAGUGUCAAGAGGCGUCGUCCUGGCUUUUGGAUGUUUCAUGGGAAUUCUAGCAGUAAUACUGAACAAGGCCGGAGUUUCAUUGGGUUGGAUGUACCUGGCCAUGGGAGUGCUCAUUGGCUCAGCAGUUCUUCCUAUAGCUUUCAUGCUUCUAUGGCGGAAAGCAAACGCAAUAGGUGCCAUUCUCGGGACAAUUGGUGGUUGUGUUCUUGGUAUUAUCACUUGGUUAUCAGUUGCAAGCGUGGAGUAUGGCAGGGUAAAUCUGGACACCACAGGCCGAAAUGCACCUAUGCUUGCUGGAAACCUCGUCUCUAUACUUACUGGUGGAGCUGUUCAUGCUGUCUGUAGUUUGAUAUGGCCUCAAAACUACGAAUGGGACACCACGAAACAGAUAACUAUGGUUGAGAAGGAAAAGAGUGAACUGCCAGCUGAAGAGUUUGGGGAGGAAAAGCUGAUGAGAGCAAAAGCAUGGAUAGUGAAAUGGGGAGUUGGUUUUACAAUUGUGAUUGUUAUACUGUGGCCUCUGCUAAGCCUUCCUGCAGGACAAUUCAGUGAGGGGUAUUUUUCAUUCUGGGCAGUGAUUGCUAUAGCAUGGGGUACGAUUGGAUCGGCAGUAAUUAUAGCAUUGCCAUUGGUGGAAAGCUGGGAAACAAUCCAAAGUGUGAUUCUUGGCAUGUUUACAAAUGACAGACUCAUGGAAAAGGUUGAAGAAUUGAAUUUCAAGCUGCACACAAUUAUUUUGGCAGUGCCUGAAGCUGAGAGAAUAUAUUUGCUCGAAAAAGAGAAGGCCAAGGCCAAGAAGAAAGAAUCAUCAGAAUGAGACACUCAUUCGACUUGUGCAUAACAUUAUGUUUCCCAUGACUUUGGUGUUGAUAUAUUUGCAAAACAUAUGAAUUUGUGAAUACAAUUGUUAGAGAAUGUAUGUUGGUAUUAUGUGUGGAGAUGGAAAA